GUGUUUGUUCAACAUUUUUGUUAAAAAAAGUAGGAUAAUGUACUUUUGGAUAAUAUUAGGGUGUUGUUUAAUACAAAUAGACUGUACUAUUACACCAAAAAAAUUAAAUGCUUUAGUUAUUUUGGCUGACGAUGGAGGUUUUGAAAUGGGAGUAUAUCGCAACAAAAUAUGCCAAACCCCAAAUCUGGAUAGGUUGGCCCGACAGAGUUUAAUAUUUAAUAAAGCAUUUACAUCAGUGAGCAGUUGUUCUCCAAGCCGAGCUGCACUUUUGACAGGAACACCAUCUCAUCAAAAUGGCAUGUACGGCUUGCAUCAAGGAAUACAUAACUUUAAUUCCUUGUCUAAUGUAAACAGUAUAUCCAAUAUAUUAAAGCAAAACGGAAUACGGACAGGUAUUAUCGGUAAGAAACACGUAGGCCCACAAGAAGUGUAUCCAUUUGAUUUUGCUGAAACGGAAGAAAACAAUUCUAUAUUACAAGUAGGAAGAAAUAUUACUCAUAUUAAAUUGUUGACAAGACAAUUCUUAAACACUUCAGAUCCAUUCUUUCUAUAUAUCGGAUUUCACGACCCACAUCGAUGCGGACACACUAAUCCUGAAUAUGGUGAGUUCUGUCAGAAAUUUGGUAAUGGAGAACAAGGAAUGGGUGUGAUUCCCGAUUGGCACCCUAUUAUCUACCAGCCAGAACAACUGCAAUUGCCGUAUUUUAUUCCAAACACUCUUGAAGCUCGAAUAGACGUAGCGCACCAGUACACGACCAUAUCAAGACUUGAUCAAGGUGUUGGUCUUAUUAUUGAUGAAUUAAAAAAAUCUGGUCAUUAUGACAAUACCUUGAUUAUAUACUCGAGUGACAACGGAAUACCAUUUCCAAACGGAAGAACUAAUUUGUACGAUUCCGGCGUGGCGGAACCAUUGCUAAUUUCUUCUCCGUUACAUAAAGAGAGAAGAAAUCAAGUGACCAAUUCAUUAGCCAGUUUGCUAGAUAUCGUUCCUACAUUAUUAGAUUGGUAUGGAAUUAAGGAUGAGAAUAAUAUUGAAGAAAACACAGUUGGGAAGAAAUUCGAUUACUUAACAGGAAAAUCAUUGUUGCCACUUUUGAUUAAAGUGUUUGGUUCUUUUGAAAAGUUUAAUAAGCUUGGAAGCUGGGAACCAGCUGAUAAAUCUAAAGAAAUCAUCUUUGGAAGUCAUAAUUUGCACGAAAUUACAAUGUUUUAUCCCAUGAGAAUGGCGCGUACCCAAAGGUACAAACUGAUUCACAAUUUAAAUUAUUACGCUCCUUUUCCGAUCGAUCAAGAUCUCUAUCUGUCGCCUACAUUCCAAGAUAUUUUGAACAACACCAAAUCACACAAAAACCCAAUGUGGUAUAAAACCCUACAAGGAUAUUAUAAGCGUCCCGAAUGGGAAUUAUAUGACCUAAAGUAUGAUCCUGCAGAAGUUAAUAACAUCGUUAAGAAAAAUAGUUCUCAAAGCAUAUUUCAAAAUUUGAAGAAAAGAUUAAAUCUUUGGCAAAAACAAACAAAUGAUCCUUGGAUAUGCUCUCCACACGCAGUUCUGGAAGAUACUGGUAGUUUUAAGAACAAUCCACAAUGUUUGGAUUUAGACAAUGUCUUAUAGAUUUUCGAAUCAAACGUAACGAAUUAAGUUUGCAAUACAGAAAUUCCUAUCAAACUGUCUUUUGUCGAAAAUAUUAAACUUAAACAGUUAAGCACAAUAUUGUGGAAAUAUAAAAUAAAACAUAAUAAAUAUUACAUAUUAGUUGAAGCAAUAAGUAAAAAAUCUUUGAAUAUGCCGUUGCAAAUACUCUGGAAUCUAAUAUUAUGAUAGAUAAUUUGUUUAAAAAGUUAAUAAAAUGUCUUAAAAUCUCUUACCAACAGAAAGAAGAUACAAAAUUUGUCAUAAGUUUUUUGUAAGUCCUUCUCUCUAUUAGGAUUACCGUAUAGGUCUCUCAUAAUUCUCGCCAUUCAUCUCUAUUGUUUGUAAGACGUUCCUGUAGUUCUUUUAAUAUCAUCGCUCCAGGCAUUUGCGGUCUUCCUCGUGGUCUUUUGGCUUCAUAUGGUCGCCAAUUCACGAUUUCUUUAUUUCACCGGCCAUCCUUCAGACGUUCGAUAUGUCCAGCCCAUUUCCAUUUAGCUGCCUGUUCGACAGCAUCUUUUACUUUUGUUCUAUUACGAAUGUUUUCAUUGGUUUUAUGAUAUUUGAGUGAGAUACCCAACAUCUGUCGUUCCAUAGCUCUCUGAGCUUUUCUGAUCUCCUCCAUGUUUACUUUAGUGAAUGUUCAGGUUUGAGCUCCAUAUGUAAGUACAGGUAGGAUACAAGAAUUAAAUACUUUGGUUCGCAGUCUUUGAGGUAUAUUUUUAUUUUUAAGUACGUAUGAGAGUCUUACAAAUGCUGCCCAUCCCAUUUUUAAACGUCUGCUUAUUUGGUAGUCUGAUUGGUAGGUAGUUUUUUUUGCUUAUCUUGACAUUUUGAACCAGAUAUGUAUAUUCAUUUACGUGUCCUAUAUCUGUCCCUUGGAUGUUUAUCAUAGGUUUGUCAUCUUUUUUUGACAUUAUUUUAUGAAAGUUUUUGAUGAAAUUCAUUUUCAGUCCUUUUUCUAGGGAUUCUGUGUGUAGCUCCUUAAUCAUCGUAUUCAGUGCAUCCCACGUAUUGGCUAUUAGUACUACAUCUUCUGCGUAUCUAAGAUGAUUCAAGUAUCUUCCGUUAAUAGGGAUUCCCUCAUUUUCCCAGUCUAUUGACUUGGAAGAUAUCUUUUAGGGCAGCUGUAAAUAAUUUUGGAGAUAUUGUGUCCCCUUGUCUUACGCCUCGGUUGAUUUUUACUGGUCUUGUUUCGAUUCCAUUACCCAACGUCACUAUUAUUUCAGGUUGUUCGUAAAUAGUAUGUAUUAAUAUUCUGUACCCGGAGUCGAUCCGGUUGUUGACUAAUGCUUUUUCUAUUGCCCACAGUUCUACGUUAUUAAAAGCUUUUUCAUAAUCUAUAAAAACCAUACAUAAUGGGAGAUUGUAUUCGUUAGUCUUUUAUAUUAGGAUUUUCAAAGUAUAUAGAUGGUCACAAGUGCUGUACCCUUUAACCUGUUUAUAAUAAUCUUUGUAAAUGUUUUGUAAAGUUGUGAAAGAAGUGAGAUUGGUCGAUAAUUUUUAAGGUCUAUGGUGUCCCCCUUUUGUGUAUUAGUAUUGUAUUAGCAGUAUUCCAUUGUUCGGAUAUGUUGCCUUCGAAUAGACAUUUAUUAAAUAGUGGUUUUAGAUAUGUGAUGGCUUCUUCUCCGCCUUCCUUCAGCAUUUCUGCUAGGAUUCCAUUGCUUCCAGGAGCUUUAUUUCCUUUACUGCUCUUUCUAUUUCUUCGUGGCUUAUUUCGGGCACCCGAAACAUAUAUAUUCGGACAUCACUUCGAGUUGACAUUUGUUAUCUGCCUUUUCAAGUUUUGCUUUGAUGAGUUAGAGGGAUAGUUUCUGGAACGAUACAGAUGGGCGUAGAAUUUUUCAAUUGAGUUAGCUAUAUCAGAUUUACUUUCUCUAGUUUUCCUUGUUCAUUUUUAAUGGUUAUUAUGUUUUUAUUUUCUAGUUUCGGGUUGGUGCAUUUGAGACUUCGGUUUUUCUCUAUGACUUGUUCUAUACGGUCUUCUUGAUGUUUUUUAAUGUUCUCUUUUAUCUGUUUUCUUAUUACUCGAUUAAGUUCCUUAAACUCUGCAGUGUCUCUUUUGUUUUAUCUCAUAUCUUUUCUUUGUUUCAGCAUGUUUUGUGAUUCUUACACUUAUUUUGAAGUUUCCUUUACUGUUAGCGGUUGGCACUUCUGAGCUUGCAUUUAAUAAUCCUUUUGUUAUGACUUCAUUGAUUUCAUUUAAGCUAAGUUUAUCUAUUAUAUGAGAUUUUAGUUUAUCUGUAUCUAUAUUCCAAGUUUUUCUAAAUUUAUCUCUAAUUUGGCUCUAACCAUUUGGUGAUCGCUACUUACUGACGCCGUAUUUAUUACUGUUAGGUCCUGUAUGAUAUUUGUUUUGUUACACAGUAUAUAAUCUAUUUCGUUCCGAGUUUUUCCGUUUGAGAAUAGCCACGUCCACUUUCUUUGAGGUUUUUUCUUAUAGACUGUGUUCAUUGUAUAGUAUUUGUGGCCUGUAGGAAGUUAACCAAGGUCUCUCUCAUUUCUAACUCCAGAGCCGAAUUGUCCUAUAUAGUUUCGGUUUUUUUUCAGUCAAGUGAUAUGUUUAGUUAACAAAAAAAAAUUCGUUCACGUACACAUAUUCUUCUUCUGUGAGGUUAUGUAACCCAGAUGCUGUUAAGUUUUAACACAGUGGUGUUAAAUUGUUUUUUGAUUCUACAAAACUAUAAACAAAUUUGUAAUUCAGAAAAAGUCACAUGACCAUAUGUUAGAUGAAUAAGAUGGACACUCUAACGCAUUCAUGAUAGACCAGCUUGUUUUAAAAAUUAUCAGUUUUAGUCACCAAUUUAAAACAAACUUUUCGUUUUAAAUUUGUUAUGUCAAAGUUAUUAUUAUUCCAAUUUUUUCCAUGUAGUUAAGUUUGCAAGAAAUUGAAUUUCAGAAUUCUAGAAUUUUAUCAACAUUGGAUAGUGCCGAUAUAUGAAAUGUAUUCCAGAAAAUUUUGAAACACACUAUAUAAGACAACCCUAAAAGUUAAAAACAAUAAUUUCGAAUAUUUAAUAGUUAAGUGCCAUUAGAUAUUAUGAAUGCUGCUUGUUUUUAUAAAUAUUUUAAAAUUAUUCGUUCCUUUUAUAUUCAGGGUAUAGGUUAGUUUUAAGUUGAUAUAUUUUUAUAGGUAUUUAAAGUUAUACAUAUGGAUGUUAUAAAUACAAUAAAAUGUUGUUUUUGGAAUU